CAACAGCUGAUCAACAUCUAUCAAUGUCAAAAAAGGAUUACCGUCAAAUUUGAUAGUUAUUUAAAUAAUUAUAAAAUUUUCGAGGUUUAAGUUAUUAAAAUUAUGACAUAAAGAUGUGGGUUAAAGUCUUAGGUCGUACUUUUAUACAACCCAGAUAUACUUUAUACCGAAGUAUAAAAACGAUUGCCCCAAGAGUGAGAUUUGCACCUAGUCCAACAGGAUAUUUACAUUUAGGAGGCCUACGUACUGCUCUGUAUAACUAUUUGUAUACGAAAUCACGCAGAGGUGUGUUUAUAUUACGUAUAGAGGAUACAGAUCAGGCUAGGAAGGUUGACGGGUCUGUAGAGGGUUUAAUAAAUGACUUGGAAUGGGCUGGUAUAGAGUGCGAUGAAGGACCAGGUAGAGGGGGGAUAUACGGGCCGUAUGUCCAGAGUGAGAGGCUUAAUGUUUAUCAGGAACACAUAAAGAAACUUCUUGAUAAUGGCUCAGCAUAUAGAUGUUUUUGCACAGAGCGACGGCUUAACAUUCUCCGGAGGGAUGCUGUGAAGCACCAGAGACUACCCAAGUAUGAUAACAAGUGUUGCAGUUUGUCAAAAGAAGACAUUGAUGCAAAAAUGAAGGCAGGCAUAGCUUACUGUGUAAGAUUUAAGCUGUCAUCAGACUGUAUGUCGUUUGAGGACAUGAUAUUCGGCGGUAUAGCGUACGACGUGUCACGAGUAGAAGGAGAUCCGGUGCUGAUGAAGAGCGAUGGAUAUCCUACUUAUCACUUUGCCAAUGUGGUGGACGAUCAUUUGAUGCAGGUCACCCAUGUUUUACGUGGCGUGGAGUGGCAGAUAUCGACUACUAAGCAUCUAUUGAUUUAUAAAGCGUUCGGUUGGUCUCCCCCACAGUUCGGACAUUUGCCUUUAGUCGUAAAUUCGGAUGGUACCAAAUUGAGCAAACGGCAGAGUGACGUCAAAGUUGAGGAUUAUAGAAGCAAGGGUAUAUACCCGUUAGCUCUUGUGAAUUACAUUACCCUCUCUGGCGGGGGUUUUGAUCAUGUGGUGGGCGAAGGCGUCAGACUAAAAACUAUGGAAGAGUUGGCUAGUGAGUUCCAAAUACAGAAGAUAUCUUCACACCCGAGCCGCCUGAACCCCGAUUUACUCGAAGAAUGCAAUCGUUUAGAGAUAAAAAGGCAUUUGAAAGACGAUAAACUUACAAAAGCACUAAUAUGUGAAGUACAAAGAUUGGUUGCGCAGAAAUAUCCCAAAGAAACCCUCAAUAUAUCGGAGGAACACAUAAAAAGUGUUUUAGAAUGGUCUACAUCGAGAAUUUCAAGGAUAAAUGACCUAAUUUCACCGAAAUUGUCAUUUUUAUGGAUUCUACCCUCAAAUAAAUUGGAUAUCAAUAGAAAAUUAUUCGAGAAACUUGUGAACGAUUUGGAAGGUUUACAGAAAUUCGAACAUGAUACCAUAAAGGACAAUUUAAGAAGUUUCUCGGACAAAAAUGAUGUGAAGUUUCCGGUUUUGAUGAAAAUGCUUCGGUCAGCAUUGAGCGGGCUUAAUGAGGGACCUAGUGUAGCGGAAAUGAUGCAACUUUUAGGUAAAUGUCAAUCUUUGGAAAGAAUAAAGGCUGUUUUGCGCUAAAA